AUGCCGGCACCAAAAGACCCUAAAAAUCUUACCAUUAGAAAACAGAUGGAAGAAUUAAUCCGUCGUAAGCAAAUUGAAAUCACGCAAGGUCUAGAAUCCUUGGAUACUGUAAAGUUCCACCCAGAUUCAUGGACCCGUGGUAAUGAUGGUGGUGGUGGUACCUCCAUGGUGAUUCAAGAUGGUAGCACUUUCGAAAAAGGUGGUGUCAACAUUUCUGUUGUUUAUGGUGAAUUAACACCAGGUGCUGUUAUUGCCAUGAAAGCUGACCACAAGAACUUAAAACUACCAGAAGAUCCUGUUACAGGUUUACCAAAGUCCGAAGGUGUUAGAUUUUUCGCUUGUGGUUUAAGUAUGGUUAUUCACCCAAAAAAUCCCCAUGCACCAACUACUCAUGCUAAUUAUAGAUAUUUCGAAACAUGGAAUGAAGAUGGUACACCACAAACUUGGUGGUUUGGUGGUGGUGCUGAUUUAACCCCAUCUUAUCUUUACGAAGAAGAUGCUGAACAUUUCCACACUUUACACAAACAAGCUCUUGACAAGCACGACACUGAGUUGUAUCCACGCUGGAAAAAGUGGGCCGAUGAGUACUAUUAUAUUACCCACCGUGGUGAAACUCGUGGUAUUGGUGGUACUUUCUUCGACGAUUUUGAUGACAGAGAUCCACAAGAGAUUUUAAAGAUUGUUGAGGAUUCGUUCGAUGCUUUCUUACCAUCCUAUUUACCAAUCAUUGAGAGAAGAAAAGAUAUGCCAUUCACUGAGGAAGAAAAGCAAUGGCAAUUAAUUAGACGUGGUAGAUACGUUGAAUUCAAUAUUAUGUACGAUAGAGGUACUCAAUUCGGUUUAAGAACUCCAGGUUCAAGAGUUGAAUCUAUCAUGAUGACUUUACCUGCUCAUGCCUCAUGGGUAUACAAUCAUCAUCCAGCUCCGGGUUCAAGGGAAGAAAAAUUGAUGCAAGCAACUACGAAGCCAAGAGAAUGGGCUAAAUAG